GGAAGUGCGAAUAGAGGCGGCCUGGGGCGCGCUGGCGGGCGGGCUAUCGCCGCCACUUUGUCGGGAAGUCACCGCGCUGCGGAUGCUUGGAGACAUGGAGGGGCCGGGGCUGGGCUCGCAGUGCAGGAAUCACAGCCAUGGCCCCCACCCUCCAGGAUUUGGUCGACAUGACAUCUGUGCACACGAAAACAAAGAACUUGCCAAAGCAAGAGACCUUCUUCCUCUUAUAGAGGACUCUAGUAACUGUGACAUUGUCAAAGCUACUCAAUACGGGAUUUUUGAACGAUGUAAAGAGUUAGUAGAAGCAGGAUAUGAUGUCAGACAACCAGACAAAGAAAAUGUAUCACUUCUUCAUUGGGCUGCUAUAAACAACAGGCUGGAUCUUGUAAAGUUUUAUAUUUCAAAAGGUGCUGUUGUAGAUCAGUUGGGUGGAGAUUUAAAUUCAACUCCUCUUCACUGGGCCAUCCGACAAGGGCAUUUACCCAUGGUCAUAUUAUUACUUCAGCAUGGUGCAGAUCCCAGUCUCAUUGAUGGAGAAGGAUUCAGUAGCAUUCACCUGGCAGUAUUAUUUCAGCACAUGCCUAUUAUUGCAUAUCUCAUUUCAAAGGGACAGAGUGUGAAUAUGACAGAUGUAAACGGGCAGACGCCUCUCAUGUUAUCAGCUCACAAAGUAAUUGGGCCAGAACCAACUGGAUUUCUUUUAAAGUUUAAUCCUUCUCUCAAUGUUGUUGAUAAAAUACACCAAAACACUCCACUUCACUGGGCAGUUACAGCAGGAAAUGUUAAUGCAGUUGAUAAACUUUUGGAAGCUGGUUCCAGUCUGGAUGUCCGAAAUGUUAAGGGACUAACUCCUCUUGAUAUGGCUCUGCAAAACAAAAAUCAGCUCAUUAUUCACAUGCUAAAAACAGAAGCCAAAAUGAGAGCCAACCAGAAAUUCCAACUUUGGAGAUGGCUGCAGAAAAGCGAGCUUUUCCUGCUGCUGAUGCUUUCUGUGAGUACCAUGUGGGCUGUUGGAUACAUACUGGACUUCAAUUCAGAUUCUUGGCUUUUAAAAGGAUGUCUUCUGGUAACACUAUUCUUUCUGACGUCUUUGUUUCCAAGGUUCUUGGUUGGGUAUAAGAACCUUAUAUACGUACCAGCAGUCUUUCUGCUAGGUUCCAUUUUCUGGAUAUUUAUGACUUGGUUCGUCUUAUUCUUUCCUGAUAUAGCAGGUACUCCUUUCUAUUUUGCUUUCAUUUUCAGCAUAAUAGCCUUUCUCUACUUUUUCUACAAGACUUGGGCAACUGAUCCAGGCUUCACUAAAGCUUCUGAAGAAGAAAGAAAAGCGAAUAUCAUCUCCCUUGCAGAAACUGGUUGUCUGGAUUUCAGAACAUUUUGUACUUCAUGUCUUAUAAGGAAACCAUUAAGAUCACUCCAUUGCCAUGUGUGCAACUCUUGUGUGGCACGAUAUGAUCAACACUGCCUGUGGACUGGACGGUGCAUAGGUUUUGGCAACCAUCACUAUUACAUAUUCUUCUUGUUUUUCCUUUCUGUGGUAUGUGACUGGAUUAUAUAUGGAUCUUUCAUCUAUUGGUCAAAUCAUUGUGCCACAACAUUCAAGGAAGAUGGCCUGUGGACCUACCUCAAUCAGAUUGUGGCCUGUUCCCCUUGGGUUUUAUAUAUCUUCAUGGUAGCAGUUUUCCAUUUCUCAUGGUCAACAUUUUUAUUAAUAAAUCAACUCUUUCAGAUUGCUUUUCUGGGCCUGACCUCCCAUGAGAGAAUCAGCCUGCUAAAGCAGAGCAGGCAUAUGAAACAGACCUUGUCCCUCAGGAAGACACCUUACAACCUUGGAUUCACACAGAACCUGGCAGAUUUCUUUCAGUGUGGCUGCUUUGGCUUGGUGAAGCCCUGCGUAGUAGAUUGGACGUCCCAGUACACCAUGGUCUUUCACCCAGCCAAAGAGAAAGUUCUUCGCUCCGUAUGAAGAAAAGCAACUCAAAACUCAGACUCAGAUUUGUUUCUGUUUAUGUCAGUACCCUAUGGUCUGAAAGUGAAGUGGAAUUUAGGAUUCACCUAAGCCCAAAGGAAAAUAACAAGUGGUUUGAAAGCCAUUUGGUGAAACAGUUCUCAAUAAAUGCAUACUGUUCUUCAAACUUAGAAAAAUGGACUGUUCCAGAACAAUCUUGGAAGCCAUCUUUAAAAAACAUAUUUUUGUCAAGAAAAUGCAAGUUACUUUUUUUGGAGAUAAUAUUCACUAAUUAUGGAUAAAAUAGAGUAUUUUCAGAUACUAUAUUGACUGUUUCAAAUAGUACUAUUCUUUAAAUUUGUAAUUUUUGAUAAGUUAUUUGUCUUUGUUGUAUCUAUUAAUGUGUAAAGAAUAUUUAAAUAUGUGUGUUUUGCUUUCACAUGUAAUAAAAAUUUUUUUUGUAAUUGAUAGUUUCUGACACUUAACACUUUAGAAUCUUAAAUUGAGAAAAGAUAUUUAUAUGACAUAAAGUAAUUCACAAUCCCAGGAAUAAGUUGAGAUUACUGUUAACACCAAUAAGCAAAAGUUAAUUUAGUUUUCCAUCUGGUUUAGAAAAUCAAAUAUAAGAAGUCUUUAAAAAUCAAAUAUAGGAAGUCUUAAAAAUAUUACUGUUUUUACUUGGAACCAUCAAAAUAUUUGACUAGAGUGAUUGUAACUACUAUUUUCCUUUGUUCUGAAGGAAAUGCUGAUUCAACUUCAACUCUUGGUAUUGUAUAUAUUCCCCUGGGCAUGGCACCUUCCUGCUAUAAAUCCUUCUUUAGGUUCCCAUUGUUCUUGAUGAAAGUUAAAUUCUCAUCAUGAUCAGCAAGGCCCCAAAUGAUACUAAUGUUACUCUGGACCACACUUUGUACUCUAAUUCCAUUGACCUUUCAGUUCUUCAAGAAUCCAUUCUCCCGUCUUCUACAGAGUCUUUGCAGAUAAGUGAACUAAACCAAAAGUAAUUUAUAUCUUUUUCAAGUUCACAUAGAUACUAAGUGGGAUUGCUACUUACAAUCCAAAUCACCUAGAAUAUGGCCCA